CACUUGCUUGUCUGGUAAUUGAUCCGUUGCUGAGCCUCCUAGUUAAUUAUAUCGGCUUUGACAUGGCCCCAGUCCAGGGGGAAUUCCAAGUCUUGCAGAAUAACAGUUUUAAUAAAGGAGUCUAUUACUGCAGGUGCCGCUGCUGCAGGCGGAGGAGACGGGGAGUGCUGCGGGACGCAGGGAGAACACGCUAUUGGCAGUGUCCUUUAGAGGCUCACAAAUAACUGCCAUUAGUGGGAAGGUCAGAAACGCAGGAUGUUGCUUGACUGGAGAGCCGAAGUGCCACUUCAGGAAUCAAGAGGCUAGCUAAUGUUGAAAGGGAGUUAGCAGGAGCGGGACGAGGCUGGAGAGUGCAAGCUCCUGCGUGACAUUAUUGGUCAGUGCAAACACAGCGCACAUUCCACCUACAGGAUUCCUCCUAGUUAGCUGGGACACUGCUGAAAUGAUUCAGGCUUCUUUUAUUCUUUAUUGUUUACGUGUCUUUUUUCUUAAGUCUAGCAUUUUCUGUCUUGGUGCUUUUUGUAAUGUAAUGGCAGUGAAUUGAAUGUACUUGCUGAGGGAAAGUUUUGCAGGAAAGCUUUUAAGGAGCAAGGGAGGGUGGAAUGUGCAUUUGUGUCAGUAUUGUGUACAUUUGCUCAUUAUUUCUCAUUGGUGCACUAAUGAUAGUGAACUACCCCUUGAGUGCUUUCCAGUGUGCGAAAGGGUGAGUUUCCAUUAUCAUUCUCAGCUUCAAAAGAAGCGAAGGAUUGUCAGAAAAUGACACUUUUUUCCCCCUCUGGUCGUCUAAAUCUUUAAAUUGUCCAGCUUUGUGUUGUUGAAUGCAAUUUCUCACCAACUCCUCUGGUCUCCAGCCCCCAGUUGGCCUGUGCAGGGUUGGCAUAGGAUGUAAUUCUGUGUCUGCAAGUAAUGCAAGAGCUUAGAGUUCUUUGCCCUGUUCUCCAAUGACAUCAAGUUGUUGGGAGGGUGAGUUGAUGGUCAGGACUCAUCCCUGUAGCCUGCACACCUGACUGGCAGCUGUUAAGCUGUACAGGGCGUGCUUAGGGAGUCACAGUCUAUGCAUAAAUGAUCGGGGUAUCUUCAGGAGGUGCGAAAGGAGCAGUGACCCCCGAGGAAAACACAGUUGCAGCCAGAUUCUUAACUGCACUUCUUAGUGUUGACAGGCAAGAGCCUCAAACACCCACCAAUAUCUUUCAUCAUCAUCAGCAGCAGCAGAAGAGAAUGUGAGUUAAAGAGAGGGGAGAGAGAGAGAAGGGGGGGAGAGAGAGAGAGGCACAGAGCAAGUGACUUCACUUUAAGAGAUUCAAGUACCAAACUACUCCAUGCAGUUCAACACAGGAGCAGCAUCCACAGAGCCUGCUUUCAUGGGGACAUGGCCGAACACCGAGACUAACCUGCUAUUCAGAAUGUCCCAACAGGCCAUCCGCUGCACACUGGUAAAUUGCACUUGUGAAUGCUUCCAGCCAGGCAAGAUCAACCUGCGGACCUGUGACCAGUGCAAACAUGGUUGGGUGGCACAUGCGUUGGAUAAGCUCAGCACCCAGCAUCUCUACCACCCAACUCAGGUGGAGAUUGUGCAAUCAAACGUGGUAUUUGACAUCAGCAGCCUGAUGCUGUACGGGACUCAGGCUGUGCCAGUGCGCCUCAAGAUCCUCCUCGAUCGUCUCUUCAGCGUCCUCAAACAAGAGGAAGUGCUCCAGAUCCUGCACGGCCUUGGCUGGACUCUCCGAGACUAUGUCCGUGGUUACAUCCUUCAGGAUGCUGCAGGCAAGGUGCUGGACCGUUGGGCAAUCAUGUCCCGGGAAGAGGAGAUCAUUACCCUCCAGCAGUUCCUGAGAUUCGGAGAAACCAAAUCCAUUGUGGAGCUGAUGGCCAUCCAGGAGAAAGAAGGGCAGGCUGUGGCAGUGGCGACUUCCAAAGCAGACUCCGAUAUCAGGACUUUCAUAGAAGGCAGCAAUCGGACACGGAGCCCCAGCCUCCAAGCUCAUCUCGAAAAUAGCAACCCGUCCAGUGUUCACCAUUUUGAAAACAUCCCCAACAGCCUGGCCUUCCUCCUUCCGUUCCAGUACAUAAACCCUGUGUCUGCUCCCCUACUUGGUCUCCCUCCCAAUGGAGUCAUGCUUGAACAACCAAGCCUGAGACUGAGGGAACCUAACCUUCCCCUGCAGAAUGAGCAUGUGGAGAGCAGCGAGUCUGAAGUCUCCAUUUCUCCUUUUCGAAGCGACCAGUCGGGCAGCAGGAAUGCGCUCAGCAGCAUCAUCAACAUUGAACCCAAGAAUGAGCAGAAGAGCAUGUCCCCGAUUCACACUCCAUCUCCUGCAAAUGACCCGGUCAAAUCCGACCACUCCAAAGCCAGCAUUCUGAAUGCAAAGAUCCAGAGGAUGCGAAGGAACGGGUUGUCCCCAAGGAAGGGCCGAGUGGUCUGCAAUGCGUGCGGGAAGACCUUCUAUGAUAAAGGCACGCUCAAGAUCCACUACAAUGCUGUGCACCUGAAGAUCAAGCACAGGUGUACCAUUGAAGGCUGCAACAUGGUCUUCAGUUCCCUUCGGAGCCGUAAUCGACACAGUGCCAACCCCAACCCCCGCCUGCACAUGCCAAUGCUGAGGAACAACCGAGACAAGGACCUCAUUCGAGCCACAUCUGGAGCUGCCACUCCCGUCAUAUCCAGCAUCAAGUCAAAUUUGAGCCUUUCGUCUCCCGGACGGCCGUCCCUGGGCUUCAGCUCAUCCUCAGUGGAUCCAGUUCUACAAAGCCCGCUGGUGUUUCCCUCGCUAAAAACAGUGCAGCCUGUCCCUCCAUUUUACCGGAGCCUGCUGACCUCUGGUGACAUGGUAUGCUCGCCAAACUCACUCCCGACCAGCCCCAUCAUGCCAGUGAUAGGCAGCCUCGAGCAGCCUUGCGGCCUUGAGCAGCUUCCGCCCGCCGUCCAGGAGCUCGCAGCUGAACUCGCCCCCAAGAAAAAGUCUCGCAAAUCAAGCAUGCCCGUGAAGAUAGAAAAAGAGGUGAUCGGCACCGCCGAUGAGUUUGACGAAGAUGAUCAGGUCAACGAGAAUCAUGUGAACAGUGACAUCCAUGAUGAGGAAAUGAGCAAUGGCAAUGGUCACAAGAGUAUAAGCCCUGCCAUGCACAUGCAUGUCAGCAGCAACGCAGAUGAUGAGAGAAGUCUCGGGGGCUUCGAGGAUAAAAAGAUGGGGAGCAUCACUUCCGAGGAUCAUGAGCAGGACCGCGAUUUUGAGGAUGAGUCUGAAGGCUCAGAGUCCAAAAUGUGCGAUGAUGUUACGGAAAAUGAGGAGCAGACACACAGAGACAUUUUUGAUAAGGACGAAAUGUCAGACGGCAAGAACGAGGACAAAGACUGUGUAUCCCCCCUCCCCCAAACCAUUAAAAUAAAGGAGGAGUUCUGUGACCCAACCUAUGACAUGUUCUAUAGCAUCAGCCAGUAUGGCUUGUAUAACGGAGGAGCUGGGAGUAUGGCUGCCCUCCAGGAAGGCUUUGCAUCUUCCAUGGGAUAUGGCAGCCCCCAGAAAUACUCACCAGAGAGUGAACUGUGCUCCAGCCCAGAUCCCAAGAUCUGUUACGUCUGCAAGAAGAGCUUUAAAAGCUCCUACAGUGUGAAGUUACACUACAAGAAUGUUCACCUGAAGGAGAUGCAUGUUUGCACAGUGGAAGGUUGCAAUGCAGCGUUCCCAUCUCGCAGAAGCAGAGACAGGCAUCUCAUACACAGAAUACCGCACAGACACAGUGCCAACAUUAAUCUUCAUCGUAAGCUACUAACCAAGGAACUGGAUGAAAUGGGGAUGGAUCCAGCACCACCGCUAGCCAAGGACCUCCGUGAGGAAUUUUUGGCCAAGAUCUAUGGUGGGCACCAUGGAAUUGGGCUGGAUAUGAGGGAUGAAGCCAGUUCACCAGCAGGGACAGAAGAUUCCCACAUCAAUGGCUACACAAGGGUCACACCAGAUGAUUACAUGGUGCUCGACCUCAGCACCACUUCUAGCAUCCAAUCCAGCAGCAGUAUCCACUCGUCACGGGAAUCAGAGGUGGGAAGUGAUGAAGGGAUCCUGCUGGAUGAGAUGGAUGGGGCCAGCGAUAGUGGUGAAUCUGCCCACAGAGCAGAGGUUCAGUCCCAGGCUGCUGGUUCCAGUCAUGAAGCCUUAGAGGCCUCCAUAUUGCAAGCAGCAUCAACCAGCAAUGGGGGAAUCAUGUGUAUUAUCUGCCACAAAAUGUACAGCAACAAGGGGACACUGAGGGUUCAUUACAAGACAGUCCAUCUCCGUGAAAUGCACAAGUGCAAGGUUCCUGGUUGCAACAUGAUGUUCUCUUCCCUGCGGAGCCGGAACAGACACAGCCAGAACCCUAAUCUACACAAGAACAUUCCCUAUGCCUCCAUUGACUGAUGCACCGUUCUACACCAGGUGACCUGAUCUGCUGAGCCUUUUUAACAUCAGGUGCUUUCUUCGCUGAUUUGCCCUCUGAUCUGGGGUUCAGACUCAGGGAGCAAUUGUUUGGAGCUCAGUAGAUGAAACCCUAGGUCAAGUUGAAAUGCAUCAUGUUCAUUCAUCUCCAAAGAGACAGUAUCCACUAUCUGUGACUGUUGCCUGCAGAAAAAAAAGUACCUUCUUGUUGUCUUUGUGAACUUAGCUACUUGUCAGCUUUUGACAGAAACUUUGAUUGAGCAUGGCAGCUUCUUUUGUACAAACUUUGCCCUUGAAAGGCCAAUGAUGUCAAUUGAUUCUACUGUCAUCCUGAUAAGCCAAGGCCCUCUUUCUGUCACAUUUCUAAUUUGUGAAAUAGUCUUCUAAAGUCAUAAAUAUGGAAUUUAGAAACAAAAUUAAUAUCCUCUUUUAACUGUCUGAUUUGGGAUCAAUGUAUCUUGUAUCCGUACAGAUUUCUGGCAUUUGAUGCCUUGUGAUUUUCUUUUGUAACAGGGCGCAACCUUGAAAUUUGAGCCAGACCAUUCGAGGCUGAUAUCAGGAAACUCUUCCUGAAAAAGCAGGGAAUGGACAUUGCAAACUUUCAACCCCAGAAGGCUGCUGAGCCUGGGGCUGAACACAUAUUUUAAAACUGAGAUUAAUAACCACGGUGGAUGCAUGGAGUUAAGAUACAGAUCGGUUAUGAUCUAACUGAGUAGGGAAAUAGACUCAAAGUGCCAAAUGGCUUUCUCCUCUUCCAUUGUUCCAAAACGAUAAACUCAUCCAAAAAAAUGCUUUGCCUCUCGUUAUAAAAUGCAAAAACUGAUAUCAUCAUUCUCUGCACUUAAUAAUUUUUUGUUCAGUUUCUCCAGCUACACUGUGAUUUUAUUCCAUAAAAUGCAAGUGUAUUCCACAACAGGUCCUCCGCAGGAUGUGGGAACAUUCUUCCCAUAAUCUCUUGCAGCCUGGAAUAUAUUGAAUUCUUUGCCCUUGUCCAAUUCUUCACCCCACGCCCAAUACCACCCACCCCACACAUUCCCUAAUUGUCUGGGGCUCCAAGCUCAGAACAUUUCUCCACAAGUCGUUUUCCCUCUCAUUCCUUCUGUAAGAAGUUGUUCAAAACCCACCACCCUGACAUCGACUCACCAGAUGUGUCUCAAAUCUUUGUCUUCACAGCCACCUGUGAAGUAUAUUGUGAUAUUUUACAAUGCUACAUUGACAUGUUUGCACAGUCCAAAGGACAAAAUUAAGAAUAAUUUGCAUCCAGUUUUCAGAUAAAACUAUUUUCCAAUGUUCUGAUGAAUAAAUGCCUGAGAGGCAGAGAAUCCCCCUGCGGCCAAUUGCUUACAUGGCUGUUUAAGAAUAAAUACACCUUUCUGUUCAAGCCUGUGCUUUCCACCUCUUCUAGACAGAAUGUUGAUGGUCUUUUUCUCUACUGAAGGAAAAGCUGAGACUGGCAAUCGGAAUGACGUGGUACUUUCACACUUCCAUGUCAGUAUGGAAGGCUAGGACAGAUUUGUGUGAGGAUGUGAGGUCCAUUGCAUUCUUUUGAUACACCACAAAAUCGUUGUUCAAUUUAUAGCAUGCACAUGAUACAUAAAGAGUCAUUAACUCGUGCCGAUCAGUACGAGCUGCCUGUUCAUCAAUUUAUGAGGAUUUGCUCAAUUUGACUGAUCAAUGCCAUAUGUAAAGAUUUUAUCUAAAAUGGAGCAAAGCCGAAAACCUAAUGACAAAAUGUAUCUGUGCCCAAAAUUCUAAUAAUUGCCAACGACAAGGUAAGUUGGCUGUUAGAGCUCUGGAUUAUGGCUGUUCUCAUGUCAAAAAAAAUCCUCUUAAACUACAGCCUAUCCAUUCUGUUUCAAAAAGAAAUGAGACUUUCAAGAAAACAAUCCAAAAUUGACCAUUGAACAUUUUAACUGCAAACAUGGGAUAUUCUGAAUAAUUACUCAAAUUCUCCCUAAUAAUGACUCUCAUCUGUAAUAUAUGGAACAAUCACAAAGUGUUGCACAGUAGCAUUAUCAAUCAAAGGUUGUACAGUAAGCCAGAAAAUGCAUGUCAGGGAAGGUGAAUCAAGGCUUGGACUAAAAGAGAAUGUUUUAAAAUUUGACCUCCAGGAAGAGAGGGGUGAAGAUGUAGAAAGAUUAAAGGAGGAAAUUCCAGUGACUGGGCACAGAUACCAGUGAUGCAGCAUUUAAGUUCCACAUUGAGCAAGCAAGUAGAGUUAGAGGACCGCAUACAUUUUCCAGGAUUAUACAUCUGUGUGCGAUUAGAGAUAUGGAUGAGAAAUAGGAAAUAAGAAAGGACAUUUUGAAAUGUUGGCAUUGUUUAACUGGGAACCAGCACAUGUCAGUAUGCAUCUGAGUGAUGGGCAGUGGAAUUUGGGAUGUCUCUGAGGGUAGAACAAGGGAGUCAGACAGGAGGCCAUGAGUCAAGCAAGUUUAAAAUGAAACAGAAGACAAAUAAAACAUCAAAGUUCAGUGUGGUUCUAUCUAUGUGAAUACAUAACAUCAGGGUAGAGCAGAUACCAGCGCUCAGCUGCACUUUCCAUAGGCUGGAGAUAGAAAAUUAGAUCAGAGAACUAUCUUUUAGACUCAUUUCUCGGUCAUUAGUCCAACAAGAUUAGGAUUUUUUUUAAUGUCACUCUCACUUGCCAGGCUUUGCCCCAUCCCCAUCUCUCUUUCUAGGUUUCCAUCCCCUACUCCAAUCAGUCUGAAGAAGGGUCCCAACCCGAAACAUUGUGUCCAUCAUCAGUUGCCUUUAAUUAAUUGACAUUGCCCACUGCAGUCAUCUUUCUUGGUGAUUUACAUCCCAAUUCUAAUUUGUAUAGAAUGUAAACCUUUAACACAAUGACCCUCCUUGCUUAUAACUUGACUCUCUGAUAUUUAGUUUCCAUGGAUAAUUUCACCUUUAAGGCAGAGCACAUGUUUAAAUACAUUUCAAAUUGAAUUAAUUGAAACAUAAAUCAACUUAAAAGAAGACAGAACUAGAGCAGAUAUAUCUCCAAUGAUGGUCAGAGAACAUGGAUUUGAAAGGGCUUCCACACUACCGGCUAAUUUAUCUUGUUCAAUGAACUUUGAAUAAGGCCUUUGGCUCAUCAGUAUUACAUAUUAUUGAUCGUUGUUAGCUUUUUAUGUUCUGCCUUUGUGUAAAAUCUUGCUGG